CACUAUGUCUACCCUUCCCAUAACCACAUCCGAGGUCGCUGGUAUAAUCAGUGCCUCGCUGUUUUUUAUGGUGACCACAUCGUCACUGGGAUUCGUCGCUAUCUUAUUAGCCGUGAUCAACAAUAAAUCCUCUGCGAAUGGGUGGAGCGUGGCAGGAGCCGCUAUUCAGUCUUCACCGUGGCCGUUCAUAUUACGUACGGACGCAAGUCAAUCGCUAGGUGUCCAAAGUGCUAUCAAUACAAUGUCGCAGCUAGCUCUAGUUGGCACUUUCUUAAUGACUCUGACUGGUAUCGUCACACCAUUAGGUUUGCAAGACACUACCAUAUCUAAGCCGGCGCAAAACCUGGCCUUGUCAUAUAUCAAGGAUUUUGGGCCAAUGGGAUCAGCAACUGCCCCAAGAACAAAAUAUAAGGAAGGUCGACUAUGCUCAGGGUGGCCAAACGUUGCUUGUGUUGGAUCAACGCUACAAAACAACAACGGGUCCUACAAUGUGUUUAGUGGCAUCAAUGCUAACGUUACAUCCAAAUUCACAUCACCAGCCGGCACACAGAGUUCACUUAACAUGCAAUACAGACAAUAUUCGAUGGAAAUCAUUGAUGGUGUUAACACUGGUCAACCUACGUCAGUUGGAAAAUUGGCCAACCUGCAGUCCUACAUCACCUCUAACAGCACCACAGCAGCCGAAGGUAUUGUGGUCGACAUGACCAACACACCAGGCAUCGGAAUAAUGCAGCAUACGUUUCCAUCCGAUAGUGAAGGUGGCAGCUGGUUUAGGGAUGUUUUAUGGUUGGAGCCUCUGACCGAAUGCCUUGAUACCAACUUGACUAUCCAAUACAAAAUAUCAAGCGACCUAACCACACCAGUCGUUAAUAGCACUGUCCUGGUCGAUAAAGGCGGACUAUUCGACCUUACUACCAAACAGCCCGAUCCAUACACUGACACUAUUACCAGCAUUGAUCUUGCUCAUCACGCUUAUACUGGAGCAGUUUGGGGUAACCUUGCUGUCCUCAGAGCUAUCAAUAUCACACGUAACGCUUCACAUUAUGGUAGCACAUAUCUGCUCAAGCCCAGCCCUACUGACAACAUAGGGUAUUUAAGCUUCUUACCUAUCAAUUACUUGGCUCAACUGGCAUCUGGAAAUCUUGGAAAUGCGACUUACGUUUCGCCAUCCUAUGUUCAGUCUUAUUGUCAAGGAUACGACCAAGAUAGUACAUUCACUGCCUCAACCCGGAUGGUACAUUGCUCAUUAUUGCUGGGGACACCGCGCAGUGUGGAUGGAUCAAGCAACAGUAUUUUACUUGAGAACAAAGUGUUCGAGCAGCCUGUUUAUAGCUGUGCAUCUACCGUUCAAGCCAGCAUUCAGCAACUCAAUGUCACUAUGAACCAACAAACGGCGGGAACAUCACCCUAUUCCGGACUGCAAGUCUCUCGACAAAGCACCAAUACGUCAAUUUUAUGGGGAAUCGAAUCAACCGCAAUGAACGUUAGUAGCACAAACGCGUACUGGGGACCGGUGUCCGAUGACUAUGAGAAUGACACACAUCUCUUCACGCAACGAUCGGAAGCCUUCCUUCUACCUGCUGGCAAAAGCGACUUUCCUAUUAUGAUGUUCGGAUCAGCGACUAUUGACCCUGUCGAUACGCAAGGAAGCUCAAUUCCAGGUCUGAUGUUUACGCUUAUGGAAAACUUGUGGAUGACUAGAUUGUCCAGCACGAUGAACAAGUUCGAUUUCUCAGGAAAAGGUGAUUAUGGCGUACAAACGUUAUGGCAAGAACUUAGCCAGACCGUCGAUACCGCACCCCAGAUUGUGAAAUAUGUCUGGACAAACCUAAUGGCAAGCAACACAAUUGGAAUUGGAAACUUCACAAUGGCUGAGGUUUCUUCAAAAGGCACCAGUGUUACUUACGAUAUCCGAUAUGCUAUUCCUGCUGUUAUCACAUUGGCAUUCUGGUUGUUCUUCAUUUGCUUCAGCCUAAUUCUCUUGUUCAGACGCCAAGUGACUUUAAGCGAAGUACGCAAUGCCAUCAAUCAGACUGCCAUUGGACGUGCUGUUGUCAACAUGAUAAAUCCGUCCUCUCACUCACUUGCGAAAACAGAAGAGUGGGUCAAGGUGGAUGGCAAAAGCAACAUUGGGUUGGUAUUGGGUCGCACCGUAGAAAACGAAAACACUGCCAAAUUUGAUUACGAUCCAGAGGAUACAUCCUUAAUCAAGAUCUUAGAUUCCAUACCUCAUUCUACGCUGUCAAAAGGGCCUUCCCACAUACGAGUUCGAAAACCUUCAUCAUCAGCUUUCUCACCUUUAAAUGACACAGAUAUUGCUCUGCCAGAGAACCUUAAACCCACCUACAAAAACAGAAUGUUCAAAGACUAUAAGCCCAACGCUCUUUAAUAAGCUUUUACACAUAAUAUAGUAAUUGAUUCGCAAAAAGAAAUAAAUGUAGAUACAAAUUUUGGGGGUU